CCGUCCUCCGUCAAUAAAAAAGGGAUCACCACAUCCCAAACCAAUCAGUCUCAGCAAAAAGAAAAAACUCUCAGGAGAACGAGAAAGGGCUCUUUUCUCGAACUUCUCCCUGCAACGAUCUCAAUCAGUUCUCCCUCAAAGAAAAGCUCUCGUUUUGCGUUCUUCUUCAUUCUGAGUCCUUUAGUUUCUUUGUUUUCUAAUUGUUCUGCUCGCUAACGUUUUCUUUGGUGCAGGGUUUCUCUUUAUCUUAGUUUUAAUCUGUGUAAUUAUUUCUUUAUUUUGUGUUCUAGUCUUUGUUUUCUUGUAUUUUUGUUUGCUGCUAGCAAUGGAUGCCGGAAGUUUCUCUUCUUGCAUCUCUUCCGAGAAGGCCCGGCCUGCAUCUCGCCACCCUCUUCGAGAAGGCGGUUCAAGGCCUUACAUGCCUUCUCUCCUCUCUUCAUCGAAGGAUUUUUCUUCCCGGCAGAGCGGAGGAGAUAGAUUCAUUCCGGACCGGUCUGCCAUGGAUUUUGACAUGGCCUACUACCUGCUAACAGAGAGAAGGAAAGAGAAGGAGAACGCUGCAGCUGCAUCCCCAUCCAAAGGGACAUACAGAAGGCUUCUUGCCAAGAAUCUUCUGAAUAAUAGAACUCGAAUUCUUGCUUUCAAGAGUAAGCCCCAGGCACCUGCGGAAGGUAUCCUCCAAGAAACCCACUCCAAUGCCGCUUCCCAUCCGUCUAAGUCUGCAAAGCCACAGAGACACAUUCCCCAGUCUGCUGAGAGGAUUCUUGAUGCACCAGACCUUGUUGAUGACUACUAUCUGAAUCUGCUGGAUUGGGGAAGCAGCAAUGUUCUGUCGAUCGCCCUUGGGAACACGGUGCAUCUCUGGGAUGCUUCAGAUGGAUCUACGUCCGAGCUUUUCACCGUGGACGAAGAUGUGGGUCCUGUCACUAGUGUCAGCUGGGCUCCUGAUGGGCGCCAUAUUGCUGCUGGUUUGAACUCCUCCGACAUCCAAUUGUGGGACUCGAGCUCCGGCAACCUGUUGAGAACUUUGAGAGGAGUCCAUGGAUCUCGAGUUGGAUCUCUUGCUUGGAAUAACAACAUACUCACAACAGGGGGGAUGGAUGGAAAGAUCGUUAAUAAUGAUGUGAGAGUAAGGUCGCACAUUGUGCAGACCUACCGAGGACACCAGCGAGAGGUCUGCGGGUUGAAGUGGUCAGGCUCAGGACAGCAGUUGGCGAGUGGAGGCAAUGACAACCUGCUUCACAUAUGGGACCUAUCCAUGGCCUCUUCAAAUUCAUCUCCAGGCCAGAAUCAGUGGCUCUACAAGUUGGAGGACCACAUGGCUACGGUUAAGGCCCUUGCUUGGUGUCCCUUCCAGAGCAACUUGCUCGCAUCCGGUGGCGGCAGCGGCGACCGGUGCAUCAAGUUUUGGAACACCCGUACCGGGGUCCGGUUGAAUUCAGUGGACACCGGCUCCCAAGUGUGCUCCUUGUUGUGGAAUAAGAACGAGCGCGAACUGCUGAGCUCUCAUGGCUCUACUCAAAACCAACUGACUCUCUGGAAGUACCCUUCGAUGGUGAAGAUUGCGGAGCUCACGGGCCAUACUUCUCGGGUUCUCUUCAUGGUUCAGAGUCCAAAUGGGCGCACAGUGGCAUCUCUGGCGGGGGAUGAAACGUUGAGAUUUUGGAAUGUAUUUGGAACUCCUGAAGCACCAAAGCCUGCUGCAAAGACAGCUAGUACAGGACCCUUCUCUAGUUUUAGUCACAUUAGGUGAAAAAGGAGGUGGAGGAAGGGGAUGGGUCUCCAUCUGAUCCUUGAACGCAUGUCGUAAUGGAAAGAAUUGGGAUGGAAAACGUAGCCUGCUGCAAGAUCAUAUUACUGGCAGAUCAACUUCUCUAGAAAGGUAAAUUAUUUCAAAAACCUCAUAAUUUACUCAAGCAAUUUUGAUUUUAAAUUAAGAUACGACAGAUAAAAAUUGAUCUCAUCAAGGCUUGAAAUUUAUUCUAAAUUGGUGAUAUCAAAUUUGUAUAAAUCUUGUGCUACAUGAAUUUAGUGUUAGUGAUGCAUGAAUUUACAUAAAACUUAGAUUGAAUUUAGUGUUAGUGAAUAUAAAACACACUUUAUAAAAAAGAAAAGAUAGGCAUAGGUAGUAAAGAAAAAAAAAGAGAACAUCUUAUCUUUUGUUCUUAGGUUUUCACCACUAAAUAAUCUAAUUAUGGUAAUUUAAGA